AUGAAGUUUGACCUACGGCUGCUCCUAUUUUUGGGGCUGGUCCAAUGGUCAUCAACUCAUUAUGACGUCGGACGUCUACCUAUGGAUGAAACAGCAGGAAAAAGCUCUUUAACAUUUGUCUUUGAUAUCACCGGAAGUAUGUUUGAUGAUUUAGUUCAAGUUCGAGAAGGAGCUCGUAAAAUCUUCCAAACUGUCAUGGCUCAAAGAGAGAAAUUGAUUUACAAUUACAUUAUGGUACCCUUUCACGAUCCACAUUUGGGUGAAAUCAUUAAUACUACCGAUUCAACAUACUUCCUGAGACAACUCAAUAAGGUAUACGUACAUGGUGGUGGUGAUUGUCCAGAAAAAACCUUAACAGGUAUUUUGACGGCUCUGAAUAUCUCGUUACCCUCCUCAUUCAUAUACGUCUUCACUGAUGCGAGAUCGAAAGAUUAUCACUUAGAGGAUGAAGUCUUGAAUAUGAUUCAGGAAAAGCAGAGUUCUGUUGUUUUUGUUAUGACUGGUGAUUGUGGAAAUAGAACUCAUCCAGGAUUUAGAACAUACGAGAAGAUAGCAGCAGCUUCAUUUGGACAGGUUUUUCAUUUGUCUAAGAGUGAUGUGAGCACCGUAUUGGAGUAUGUUAGACAUGCAGUUAAACAGCGUAAAAUUCAUAUGAUGUAUGAAGUUCGUGAUCGUGGAGGUACAGUCUCCAAAAAAAUUCCUGUUGAUAAGCAUAUGACUGAGCUGACACUAUCUCUCUCUGGUGAUAAAGAUGAUGAAGAGCAAUUGGAUAUAACAUUAAUUGAUCCACAAGGAUAUCAUGUGGAUAAGAAUACGUAUAACAAAGAAGGAGGAACGAUUGAUUUGAAGAAUGUUAAAUUAGUUCGAUUAACCGAUCCUAAACCAGGUCAAUGGCAGGUUGUUACUAACUCUCGCUUGAAACAUACAAUUCGUGUGUUUGGUCAUGGCUCAAUUGACUUUAAAUAUGGUUUCGCUUCACGGAUUGUGGAUGAAAUUGAAUUGGCUAGCCAGCGUCCAGUUUCGAAUCAAAACUCCUAUUUGCUUGUUAACAUGACUGGAAUGGUACCUCCUGGAACAGUUACAGAAAUCGCUUUAUUAGACUAUUAUGGAACAUCAUUGUACAAAAGUGAAGCUACUCCUCAUAGAAACAAUCCUUAUAUGUACUUCGUGGGUCCUUUAGUACCUCCGAAAGGACUGUUCUUCGUUCGGGUUCGAGGUGUCGAUGAAGAGGAUUAUGAGUUUCAACGAAUUGCCCCAACUGCUAUUGGAAGUGUUUCUGUUGGUGGCCCUAGGGCUUACAUUCAUCCGAAAAUAACAGCCUUUGCUUCCUCGGACGUUAACUUAACUUGUAAAGUCGAAUCUCAAUCAAAGUUUACAUUGUUCUGGUACAAGGGCAACGAGAAAAUCGGCGGACCUCUCUUUUACCAAAUGACAGACACUGCUAUAUGGACUCUUCACGAAGUGUCCAUUCGUGAUCGCGGAGAAUACUCUUGCGUUGUUAUCAGUGACAAUGGAAAUCAUUCUGCAAAAACAUUUUUGGAAACAAGAGAGUCUCCUCCUUUGAUUAUUGGGCUCAGAAAUGUUUCUGUUCCUCUGGGACAUCCAGCAUUCCUUCACUGCCAAACACAAUCUUCGAACAAAGUUGAAAUUCGCUGGGUUCGUCAUGGAGUUUCUGUGCUUUCGGGUCCAAAUACAGUCAUAUAUCCCAAUGGAACUUUGCGUAUUCAUCAAACUUCACGAGCGGAUUCCGGAGGAUAUGAGUGUCAAGCGCGUAACACUGGUGGAAUGAUUAGCCAAUCGUUAGUUGUGAAGGUACUUGAACUACCAAAAGCUUCCAUAUCUCCAACAUCUGUAUAUUUCGUUCCUCAUACUCCAUUCAACAUUUCUUGUUUCGUGCAAGGAGAUCCUAAGCCGGAAACUCAUUGGUUCCAAAAUGGAAGAAGAAUUAGUCCUAAUCAUAAGUACUUCAUAAACUUUAAAAAUGAUUUACUCGUGCGUGAUCCGGAUGACACAGACAUUGGACAGUACGAAUGUAGAGCUGUUUCUCCUGCUGGUGUUCAUGCUGAAUCAGCACAAGUCAUGAAAGCUAUUCCUCCUCGAGUUGAACUCUCUCAGUCAAAAUCAAUGAUUGGAAGAGGUGAUAAUAUUACCUUUGAAUGUAGAGUACUUGAUGGAAUGCCUGUUCCUUCUCUCCAGUGGUUUAGAAAUGGUAGAGAACUACUACACAGUAGCAAUGAAUAUAUCAGAAUUGCGGGACGUCAUUUAACUAUUCUGGGAGUUCAAGAAAGCGAUGGUGGUUCUUACUCCUGUGUUGCUGAAAAUAUGGCUGGAAGAGAUAUUGGAGUUGCCCAAUUGACAGUUGGAAGCAUGCCAUCGAUCGCAUCUUCACCAGAAACUGUGCGAGUGAACAUAGAACGAGGAACCAAUCUACAAUGUAGAGCUAUUGGUAACCCACGUCCCAGAAUCGAAUGGCAAAGAGAUGGUGUGCCUUUGCAACAAUUGAACAACCCAAGAUAUGUUAUCGCUGAUGAUGGAAACUUAAUGAUUACUAAUGCUCAGUUAGAAGAUCAAAAAAGGUUUACUUGUAUUGCUAAGAAUGAGUAUGGCCAGCAAUCUAAAACAACUAUGGUGAUGGUCGUUGGGCUAGUAUCUCCCGUUUUGGGACAUGUACCUCCUGAAGAGCAAUUAAUAGAAGGAGAAGAUUUGAGACUAUCUUGUGUUGUUGUAUUGGGAACACCUAAGCCAACAAUCCAAUGGUUCAAAGACAAUCAGCCAUUAGUGGAGACAGAAUCUCUUGUGAUAGAAGGUGGAGGGUCUUCACUUCUUCUUCGCAAUGGUAAUCCACGCGAUGAAGGAAGAUAUACUUGCGCUGCAAUCUCACCAGCUGGCAAUGCAACGAUCAACGUUAACGUUCAGCUCAUAAAGAAGCCAGAAUUCGAGCAACUGGACGGUGAACCGUUCUUGGAAUCAGGAGAGAUUGCUGUCAAAGAAGGAUUACCUACAAGCAUUCCAUGUAGAGUUAAAGGAACACCUACGCCAACAGUUACAUGGUCAUAUGAUGGACGUCCAAUCAGCAUCAAUAAUAAAGAAUAUACAAUCACGCAAGAUAAUACUCUCAUUAUUCAUUCUCCCAAAAAGAUCAAUCAAGGACGAUACACAUGCACAGCAAUGAACCCAGCAGGAGAAAGUGAUCAAUCGAUCUCGCUGACUGUUAUUGAGAAGCCUGUUAUCGCUCCAGGACAAUCAUCAUUCAACUUGAUUCAAGGAACUCCAGUUCGCAUCCCUUGUAAUAUAAAGACAGAUCCUAUGCCAACAAUUGUUUGGUACCUGAAUGACAAGGAGUUUAUCGAUGGAACAGUUGAUUCUGAUGGAGCUCUGAUCAUCGAUGACGUUAACGAAAUUCAUAAGGGUAACCUUCGAUGCUUGGCUGAAAAUGAUGCAGGUUCUGAUGAAAGAGUUAUUAGCUUAACUGUGCAUACAACGCCAAUCAUCGAUGGAAGUGGCCAGACAAUUUUAAAAACUGCUCACGUGAACGAUACAGUUGUUCUCCCGUGUCCCGCUCGAGCCCAACCACCACCGAUUAGAAUUUGGAGUUAUGAAGGACAAGAUUUAUCUGAAUAUGAAGUCAUUCCACAUACAGUUUCUGAAGAUGGAGAACUAAUUCUUCCGUCCGUUCAGCUAGAUUUCGGAGGACACUUCACUUGCUUAGUUUCUAAUCUCGCUGGAGAUGAUUCAGUGACAUAUAGUUUGGAUGUUCAAGAGAAGCCAAAGAUUAUAUCCGAGACACCAGGAACGAUUGAUGUCGUGAAAGGCUUAACUCUUGAAAUUCCUUGCAAAGCUAUCGGAACUCCUGAACCAGAGAGAACUUGGGAAAAAGAUGGAAUUCAGAUAUCGCCUGAUGAAUCGUAUAACAUUGACUCUGCUGGUACCCUCCGCAUAAUGAACACACAGAAGAAGCAUGCUGGUCCAUAUACUUGUGUCGUUAAGAACGGUAUGGGCACUGACAGUCGAGUUACAAAUGUUGUUGUUCAAGAGCCACCACAAAUUCUCACAACAACUAUUUCAAACUAUACAGCUGUAGAAGGAGAUAUGGUGGAAAUUCGUUGUCAUGUUUCAGCCUACCCUCAGGCAAUCAUUCAGUGGACACGCAAAGGAGUGCCUGUCACAGAGAACACACCCGGAGUUCGCAUUCUUAAUGGUGAAACUCUCGUAAUUGAUGAGGUAAACAAGGAUGAUGCUACCUUCUAUACUUGCAAAGCCACAAAUCCUGCGGGUAAAGCUGAAAAAGUUAUCAGGUUAUCUGUCAUCGUUCCUCCUGAGAUACCUGACCAGGAUGAAAUUAUACAUGAAUCAGUUCGCAUUCAGACACCUUUUGCCCUGUACUGUCCUGUUAUCAGUACUCCAUUGCCUACUAUCACCUGGCAUUUGAAUGACAAGCCUAUCGCUGAAGGAGAUGUUAACAUUGUUCUAUCUGAAGAUAAGCGUAGAAUGCAUGUUGUUGAAGCUAGAGAAAGAGAUGCUGGUGUUUACAAGUGCAUAGCACGCAACAGUGCUGGUGAAAGCAGUAAAACCUGGGAUAUCGAAGUUUUAGUUCCUCUAAACAUUGACGAAACUGAAUGGAAACGAAAGGUUACGGUACUUGCGGGAGAUGAAGUUGAGCUUGGAUGCCCAGUUAGCGGAUUGCCAGCUCCAACAAUCACAUGGGUUGUUGAUGGUCAUAUGCUUGGAAAGCACGAUGAAAUACGAGGCAUACGCCUCGGUGAAUCAGGCGAUACUUUGGUCAUCAAUACUGCUGAUGUCGAUCAUAGUGGCCAGUAUUCUUGCUUGGCAUCUAAUAAGGCAGGAAGUCUGGAUGUAGAUGUUUCACUCACUGUACUAGCUCCUCCACGCUUGGGAGACGAUGAGAAAAUGGAAAUAAUUUCUGGAAAAGCUGCUACUUUAUCUUGUGAAAUAAAGGGUGAAACGGAUGACAAGAACACUAUCUCAUGGAGACUGAACAACUCCAACAUAAAUUUAGCCAAUGUUCAAGCUCCACAAGGUGGUCAGAAAAUCUUUAUCGUCGACGCUGCUCCAUCGAAUGCUGGUAUUUACAGCUGUAUCGUGCGAAAUUCUGCUGGAGAAAGUCAGAAAAAAAUUAAUCUUACUGUACUAGAGCCUCCUGAGUUUGUGGAAACAGAGUAUGAUCAAGAUGUUCAAAUAAUCGCUGGAAGUGCAUUGGCAUUAGCUUGCUAUGUUAAGGGCAAUCCCAGACCAAACAUUGAAUGGAGGAAAGAUAGUGAAACGAUUGUCGAAAAAGUUUUCAGUGAUGACGGUCAAAAACUCAAUAUGGAGAGUGUUAAGCCUGGAACAAGUCGUUAUACUUGUUUAGCAUCGAACAAAGCUGGAUCAAUUGCAAGAGACUUCUUUGUACAAAGUGUCUCUCCUCCAGAAAUUGAAGAUGCUGGUGAUCGCAGAUUAAUCGAAGUCAUGGAAGGCCAGACUGCUCGUCUUGAAUGCCCUGUUGUUGGUGAGGCCGAAAUAGAAUGGCGAAGACAAGGAUCAAAAAUUGAUAGCUCACAAUCAAAUAUUGUCGUUGACAAUAAGGUUUUGUUGCUUGUCAAUGCCCAAAAAUCGCAUGAAGACACUUUUACUUGUAUUGCAAAGAACAGUGCUGGAGAGGCUGCUCGAGACUUUGAAGUUACCAUACUGGUACCUCCCAAAAUCAAAGGCUCUUUGGUUGACGAUAUAGAUAUAGUUGAAGCAUCUGAAAUGAAACUUGAUUGUGACUAUGAUGGAAGCCCAACACCUAAUGUCAUUUGGACCAAGGAUGGUAUACCCAUCCCUGACAAAUCAAAGCUCUUGAAUAACAACAAAACUUUGGCUCUGUCUGGUAUUGAAGCCGAAGAGGCUGGAGUUUACAAGUGCUCUGUUCAAAGCAAAGCUGGAUCAGCGGAAAAGACUUUCAAUGUUCAUGUCAUUGAACGUCCCGACAUUGUUGGAAACCAUGAAAUUACAGAAGUUAAAGUUAACAUCACGCGUCCAAUAACUCUGGAAUGCCCUGUCAAGAAUCCCAUCGGAGUUGAAAUUUCGUGGGCUAGACAUCAGUUGCCGAUUGUUCCAGGAACUGAAAACGUGCAAAUCCUUUCUGGUGGAAGACACUUGCACAUUCCUGCUGCUCGCUUAGAAGACGAAGGAACGUUCACGUGUACUGCUAAGAACGAAGCUGGUGAUACAUCUCGAACGUAUAAGCUGAUUGUCCAAGUUCCUCCAACUAUCAUCAACGAAGGAGGGUCUUUCAAUUUGAUCGAGAAUAGCUCUUUAGUUCUUCCCUGUGAAGUUGAGGGUACUCCUAAGCCUACCAUUCUAUGGACUAAGGAUGGAGAACCAAUAACAGAUUUAAAAUCUGUUGAAGUUUUGUCAGAAGGACAACAGUUUCGAAUUAUUCAUGCGGAAACAGCUCACAGAGGUUCUUACAUCUGCCAAGCCAAAAAUGAUGUCGGCAGUUCUGAAAUAAGCUUCGAUGUUGACGUUAUAACUCGUCCAGCUGUUGUGAGAGGUAUAAAAGAUACUGUGGAAGUUAUACAAGGAGAAACAGCUCUCUUCAAAUGUCCAAUUGCUGAUAAGAAUUUCAAAGGAGAAAUUACUUGGUUAUAUGAUUUCAAACCAAUAUCCUUCAAUGAUCGUAUUUCAAAAUCUCAAAAUGAUCGUCGUUUGAACGUUCAAAAGGCAGAAACAAGUGAUGAAGGAGGUUAUAGCUGUAGGAUCAAGAACGAUGCAGGCGAAACACGAGUGGACUACAAAUUGGUUGUUUUAGUUCCUCCCUCUAUCAUCAUGCUCGAUAAUAACAAGAACAGAACUGUUAUUGAGAACAGUACCAUCACCUUAUCUUGUCCAGCAACAGGUAAACCCGAACCAACUAUCACAUGGCUCAGAGAUGGUCAAACAUUGUUCCCUAACAACAUCAGUGAUGUUCUCAGCUCAGCAGAACUCAAUGGCAAUGAAAUCAAGAUACCCCGAGUCAAGUUGUCGGACGCUGGAAGAUUCACAUGUGAAGCAUCUAAUAAAGCAGGCGAAGCUGAGCAAGAUGUUUUCUUGAACGUUAUCACUCCACCAAAAAUCAUUAAGGAAGGAAUCCCGUCUGAUCAUAGUGUGGCUCAACAUCACAAGGAUUUCACUAUUUCUUGUCCCGUGUAUGGAACACCUACUCCUGUUGUCACAUGGCUUAAGGGUGGUCGUCCACUUGCAGACGCUCAUCUACGCGUAUCGGCUAAUGGUCAGAAGUUGUAUCUCAAAAAUCCCGGAAAAGAUGAUGCUGAUAGAUACACUUGUGUUGCUAAGAAUGCUGCUGGAGAAGACAAACGUGAUUUCAAUAUCAAUAUUCUUGAACCUCCUCAGUUCAUUGGACCAAAUAUCAUGAACAGACAUAUGGUUAAUGAAGGUAAACCAGCGGUUAUCAAUUGUCCUGCUGUUGGAUCUCCGGCUCCCGAAAUUACAUGGUUACGUGAUGGAGAGCCUCUUCAGCCAUCUUCCCGAUUUGUUCUACUAGAUGGUGGACGUCAAUUACAAAUAAGUAACACGCAAGCAGACGAUAAGGGAGGAUAUACCUGUAUCGCAACGAAUAUUGUUGGAACUGCUGACUUGGAAACAAGUCUUGAGGUCGUACCUACUCCUCACAUUCAAGGAGAUAAAUUCGAGAAAAUUGAAGUGAUCGAGAAAAACCGACAAGAACUGCAUUGUGAGCUUAACGAUACCAGCUCGAACGUGGAUAUCGAAUGGCAAAAAGCUGGACAAACAAUAACUUUGGAUGCUCUUCGAGGAGAUCGCUAUCUUCAGAUCCAACAGAACGGACAGCGUCUUCAUAUACUAUCUGCUCGUACAACUGACACAGGAAGAUACUCCUGUAUUGCAAGAAAUCCUGCUGGAGAAGCUAGGAAAACUUUCGAAUUGAAAGUUCUUGUCCCUUCUGUCAUCUUGGAAGAAACAUCAUCAGAAGUCUUACAAACAGUUAUUCCUGGAUCUCGAUUAUCUCUCACAUGUGACGCAGAAGGCAUUCCCGCUCCUGAAAUAUUAUGGACAAAAGGUGGACAGCCAAUUAAAGAAAAUGAUGAAAAUCGAUUCUUCAACCAAAAAGAAACGCUCAUUCUCAAUACUGUGGAUGACAGCGAUGCUGGGGAGUAUCAAUGUUCAGCCAUUAAUAAAGCUGGAAAUGCUUCCAGAACAUUCGUUGUUCGUCUCACAGGUCCACCUGUUCUUGAUCAGGGUCAUGAAGCAAUGGAUGUUAAAGUAGAUGACAGUUUAACAUUAACUUGUAAUGUUGUUUCUGGCACUGGAAACCUAAGCUAUUCCUGGAUGAUUGACGGCCGCCCUGUUACCAAUGGUGAACACAGCUCUACUGUUCAAAUAUCUGAUCGACGUGUUCAAGUUACAAACGCUCGUCUUAGUGACAGUGGUCAGUACGUUUGUAUUGUUCGAAAUGAAGCUGGUGAGGCUCGUAAAACAUUCGAUUUGGCUGUACUCGAAGUUCCUCGAUUUUUGGAUAUGACAAACACAAAUCCUUCCAUCAUCAUUGGUCGUCCACAAACUUUGGAUUGUUCCGUGUCCGGAACUCCCAAACCAACAAUUACAUGGAUGAAGAAUGGAGUACGACUGAAUGAUACAGACCUUGUUUUCCAUAAUGAUCGUCAACAAUUGCUCAUCGAAGAUGCUCAGCCAUCGGAUGCUGGACGAUACACAUGCUUGGCAGAGAACAAGCCUGGUCGAGCUGAGAAAGAUUUGAUCGUUGCUAUUCUAAAGCCACCACAGAUGGCACAAAAGAACAUUGUAAAAGAAGUUCAACAAUCGGAGCAGCUUACGAUGGAAUGUCCUAUCCAAGAUCAUACUGUUGAGUUCAUGUGGACUAAGAAUGGAGUUCCCAUUACAACAUCUGAUCGUCUUCAAGUAUCUGUUCGCAGGGAUAAACUAUAUCUAAUGGGAGCUGAGCCUUCUGAUGCAGCUCAAUAUUCUUGUAUUGCUAAAAACAGUGCAGGAGAAGAUCAAACCAUUUUCGAUACAGUUGUAAACGUUGCACCCAAGAUAUCCGGAGCCUCAUUCCGUUCGGUGGAUGCUAUUCUUAAUCAAACUGUUCAGCUUUUGUGUGAUACAAGUGGUGUACCAGCGCCUGAAAUUGAAUGGCUUCUUGAUGGCCGUGUGCUUAUCGAAAGUGAAAAUGUCAAACUCAUUGAAAAUGGACGAGUUCUUAUGUUGUCUGGAAUACAAACCUCGCAAGAAGGACGAUAUACAUGUAAAGCUGAAAACAAAGCAGGAAAGGCAGAAGCUGAUACAUAUCUUCAAAUCACAGCUCCACCAAGAGUACAAAUGCAAGCAGAAGAAAUGAAAGUUGUUGCCGGCCGUGGAGUAACAAUUAGAUGUGAGGUGUUCGGAAAUCCUGCUCCUUCUGUUGAAUGGCACAAAAAUGGUCAACCCUUCAGAUCAGAAUUAUUGCAGAGCUCUACAAAUCUUCGUUAUCUCCAUUUACGUGAAGCUCAAGUUGAAGAUGCUGGAAGAUAUACUUGUAUUGCAACUAACAGAGCUGGUGAACAACGCACAAGUACUCAAUUGCAUGUUCUCGUCAUCCCUAUGAUAGAAGAUGGAGAGCGUAUUAUUCAAGUGAAAGAAGGGAAUGAUCUCAGCAUUGACUGUAAUGCUAACGGAAUUCCUGCUCCAACUAUCAGCUGGAAGAAGGAUGGUGUAUUACUCGAAGAUAAAACAAAUUCACGUCUUAUUGUCCCAUCUGUUAAUCUGACAGAUGGAGGACGAUAUACUUGUGUAGCAAAGAAUGAAGCUGGACAAGCUCAAACUGACUUUGCUGUAGAUGUGUUUAGUAAACCAAAGUUCAAAGAAACAAAUCGUGAUAUUAAAAUUAUUGAUGGUGAAAGAGCACGAAUUGAAUGCAAAGUCGAAGGACAUCCCACUCCAACUAUCACAUGGUUACGUGGUGGACGACCUAUUGAAGAUAUGUCAAAUCUCAUUCUUUCUCCUCGUGGAGAGACUUUGAUGAUUCUGAAAGCAAGACGUGCAGAUGCUGGCUCUUAUUCUUGUGUCGCCAAGAACGGUGCUGGAGAGUCAGAAGCUGAUUAUACUGUAUCUGUCUUAACAUCACCACAUAUCGACGAAUCAAUCGAUCAAAAUCCUCGCGUUGUUCAAGGAAAACCAUUGAUAUUCACUUGUCCUGUACUCGGAAACCCAUUACCAACGGUUGAAUGGCGUAAAGAUGGAAACGUUCUACAGACAGAUAGCCGUAUCGUAAUCGUUGAUGAGAAGCAUCUGCAGAUCAAUGAAGCGACGACUGAAGAUGAAGGAAGGUAUACUUGUCAUGCAUCUAACGAAGCUGGUACAUUGGACACUCAUUUCAAGCCAGAAGUUAUCGCUCCACCGAAAUUCCAACGUGAAGGGGAAUCUGUUUAUGAAGUUAUUGAGCAUGCAUCAAUUACAUUAGAUUGUGCUGUAUCAACUGAUCCAAAACCAGAAAUUAAUUGGUAUCGUGGUGAUCAGCCAUUAUAUCUUACUGAAAACAUGGUUAUUUCACCUGAUGGAAUGCAAUUGACAAUUCGAUCUGCCUCACUUGCUGAUGGUGGUAAAUACAUGUGUAAGGCUUCUAAUGAAGCUGGAUCUUCGGAUAUUGAUUUAAUCCUUAAGGUACUUAUUCCACCUAAAAUUGAUAAGUCUAAUAUCAUUGGAAACCCACUGGCUAUCGUGGAGAGAGGAAUCAUAUUGGAAUGCCCAGUUUUCGGUAUACCUCAACCAGUUGUCUCUUGGAGCAAAGAUGGAGUUCCUAUUGAUUUGUCUGAUAGUCGAAUUGUUCUUACACAGAACAAUCAAACUUUUGGUAUCGAUGGUAUCAAAGUUUCUGAUCAAGCUCGUUACACUUGUGUAGCAACAAACAAAGGAGGAACUGUCGAGCAAGAUUUCAAUUUAGAAGUUUUAUCUCCUCCUAUGAUGGACUUCUCGGAACAACAAGUUAUAACAAAGAGGGAAAACGAUUCUUUGACGAUUUCAUGCCCUGUUAGACCAAGUACUGACCCCGAUUCACCAAUAUCUGAUAUUUCAUGGGUGAAAGAUGGACGCCCACUUGAUCCUGAAACAUUAGUCACCACAAAGUUUACUGCUGAUGGACGACGCUUAUCAAUUGACCAUUCACAACUCGCAGAUGCUGGAACCUACACUUGCGUGGCUUCCAAUCGAGCCGGAGAAACCACCAUUGACUUCCAAGUGGAAAUUCUCUGUAUGACUCUUUCUACCGACAAGUGCCGUGAAUUAGAAUACUCUCACAUAAACAAAACACGUGCUGAUUAUAAUCGACGAAAAAACUUGCGUGAGCUUCAGAUGAAAACCCCUCGUACUCGAAGCAAUUUGCAGUCGAUGAAUCAGUUCGAUUUGCCCAAAUCAACGUCAUCAUAUAAGCCCCCAUCCUUAACAAAGCCUUCUAACUCAAAACCUAAUCCUGAUGACACAGCUUUAGCUUUUCUUAGAUCAUCUAGUUCAACUCUUAAUUUCCCAGAUGCGUCCCAUGAUAGUAAGAGAGUCCCAAUUACGUCAGUAGAUCCCAGAAAUAUUCGAAUAGUAAUCAAAAGUCAUUCAACAACUACCACUCCAUCUCCCAUAGAUUCUAUUUCUGUAUACGAGCAGUAUAGACGAAGGUAUGAUGAAGAGCGUUCUCGUUAUGAAGAAAGGCUUCGACGUCGUCUAUCCGAGCAAAGAAGGCGAGAACAUGAGCAUCAUGUCCGUAUGCAACGUCAUAGGUUGGAAGAAGAACGUCGAUUAGCAGUUUAUCAAAUGCAAAUUGAAGAGCAGCGACGUAGGCAAAAAGAAGAUGAUGACUUGGUUGAUAUAAUUCGGCAGAAUCAUCUUCUUCAGCAGUCCCUCCACCUUGUUGAUGGUUAUGACACUAGUGACGUCGAAAGCCAGGCCCGUUCGGUACAAAUGAGAGGAAAAUCACAUAAGAUGCUAACUACAACUCUCCCAUCAAUAACAACAACAACAUCUUUCGAUCCAAUGUAUCGUUGGGUGAAGACUCGUUUUGAUAUUGUUGACCUGAAGCCUGCGGAGCCUACAAAGAAAGUUCGUUCAAUUCGUAUCCGAGCUGCUCCGGAUGUACGUCAAUUGAAACGUCCAUGCAAACUCAAAAAUAAAAAAUGUCGAAAUCGUCAACCAACAGUGACGACUAUCAUCUAA